UUUGAUCUAAUUUACAGACAUAACACUUACAAACACUCAAACUGUAAUCUGUAAUCGGUAUAGGUGUCUGCUUGUUACAUUUGUGUUAUCACCCCGUCAAAGAAUAGAGAUAAGGAUGAGAAUGGGACUGUCCGUAAUGCAUACGCGUACGGUGUACACAAAGAGGUUCUUAUCGUUCAGAUUGAUUACUGUGGCCAUCAGUUUUGCUACUGUCGUUCUGGUUUCUUUGUGGAUCAUCACUGAUAAAAAAAUGCCAGAAUUUCGUGGCUUGCGGUUUUUUAAGGAUCACUGCACUCCAGCAACAGGGUUGCUUGCGGAUGGACAUGAAUUGCUGUUGAACGGACUGCCUAUCCGCAUCCUAAGCGGAGCAGUUCACUAUUUCCGUGUCUUGCCGGAAUACUGGCGGGAGCGCUUGCUGCAGCUCAAAGCAUGCGGCCUAAACACGGUGGAGACGUACGUCGCUUGGAACUUACACGAGCCACUCCCGGGAAAAUUUAAUUUCGAAAAUGGUUUAAAUCUCAGGAGGUUUAUUGAAAUUGCCCAAGAACUAGAUUUAUUUGUUAUUUUGCGACCUGGGCCGUACAUCUGCGCGGAGUGGGAUUUCGGUGGGCUUCCCAGUUGGCUGCUUCAUGACCCUGGCAUGCGAGUGCGCACCACUUAUCAGCCUUAUAUUGAUGCCGUGGAUCGCUUCUUCGGACGAAUACUGCCAAUGGUUGCCGACUUGCAGUUUACGAAAACCGGUCCGAUUAUAAUGGUGCAGGUGGAGAACGAGUAUGGCGCUUAUGCAGCGGAUUCGCAGUAUGUGGACGUUGUUGCAAGCCUUAUCCGAAAGCACAACAUCGUGGAGCUGCUGAUGACUUCCGAUGGUUAUAAGGAUUUUGAUCACGGAAGGGCAACCGAUGUUUGGAUGACAGUAAAUGACCAACAUAAUAUGGGCGAAGUUCUGGACCAACUGGCCGCUGCCCAGCCAGAUCGGCCCCUGAUGGUAAUGGAAUACUGGUCUGGUUGGUUUGAUCACUGGAAUGAACAGCGGCACACCAUCCCCGUUGAGCAGUACGCUAAAGAGCUAUCAGCCAUUCUUUCCCAUGGCAGCAGUGUCAAUAUUUUCAUGUUCUUUGGUGGAACAAAUUUCGGUUUUAUGAAUGGAGGCAAUAAUGGGUUAAGUUCUGGUAUGGAAUACGAACCGACCAUCACCAGCUACGAUUACGACGCCCUGGUCAGCGAAAAUGGGGAGAUCACUCCGAAAUGGCAUCGAACGCGUCAUAUUUUUGAAACGUUUGGGUUGUUGGCUACGGAUCUUCCUCAGCCUCCUGUCUGGAAAGAGCCCGUGUCGUAUGGGCACGUGCAGGUGUCCGGAUGGCUGCCCCUGUCAGGAAUCCAGACCGUUAUGCCAAAAAUUAAUUCGAAGCAAGUCGUGCCGAUGGAGCUGUUAGACUAUAAGCAGGGCUAUGGACAGUCUCAUGGUUUCAUUUUAUACGAGAGGGAUAUCCCCAAUGUUGAUGGAAGUUUGACGAUUGAAAAAGUUUGUGAUCGGGCUAUCGUCCUUGUGAAUGGGGAAGAAAAGGCUAUAAUCGAAUAUGUAGCCGGAAGAAACAACACUAUCCAGCUGAAGAAAUCGGAGCAACAGCGAAAUAUGAAUAGACUGUCGCUACUUGUGGAGAACAUGGGUCGCACCAACUUUGUACGCCAUCCGAAGACUUUGGAUGAUCAACGGAAAGGUAUUGUUGGAACAGUUACUUUUAACAGCGAAGUGCUAUCGGAUUGGAUAAUCACCCCUAUGGAAUUUCAAGAACGGGAAGUUCAGGAAAUUGCAAAGAUGUCUGCCGGUUGGAACAGCGAUCCUUUCGGCGCCGCCUGUCCCGCGUUGUUUCGUCUGCAGCUGGACAUUGCCGGUGAACCGGCAGAUACAUUUGUUGAUAUGCGCGGCUGGGGACGCGGGGUGGUCUUUGUCAACGGAUGGUUCAAUUUGGGACGGUACUGGCCGAGUGCCGGUCCGCAGCAGACGCUGUAUCUGCCUGCACCGGUGUUGAAAAAGAAUAAUGUCAUUUUGAUUUUUGAAUUGCAUCAAGCUUUGGCUGGUGUUAAUUUUACAAAGGAACAUUUGCUCACUUCUUUGUAGUCAAAACAGAACACUGUAAUUGUUUUUACGUUACAUCUGGUGUCUGAUUGCCUUUUAAUAAGUAAUUUUGGGCGGGUCUGAGAUGUUUUGGUAAAUAAUGGUAGUCAGUGUGACAGGAUAUUUUGUUUGGUACGGAGGUUGUGUUAGAUGUGGAUUACAUGGUGUGGAUUGUUUUGCUGUAUUGUUUUUAAAAUUAAACAGUUGCAAAAUGCGGUUUCGUUG